GAGGUAAGAAGAAAUGUCCUGCCUGAGGAAUUUCAGUGUUUUCAUCUCAUGCAUGUGUUUCUUCAUCAUCCAGCCAGGUCAUGGUUCGGAGAUUAUUGGAGGGAAAGAAGUCGAGCCACACUCACUGCCUUUCUUGGCUCAUGUGAAAAGUGAACGAUUUACAUGUGGCGGGACAUUAAUCCAUCCACAAUGGGUCCUGACAGCUGCCCACUGCACGGAUAUGACUAUAGUGAUCCUGGGAGCACACUCCCUCAGGAAAGUGGAAGUUGAUUCUUGGCAGGUCAGAGAGGUUGAGAAACAAUUUCCUCAUCCUGACUUUUCCUGGGUAACCACGGUCAAUGACCUCAUGUUGCUCAAGCUUAAGGAACCAGUGACGCUAAACAAGACAGUGAAAUGUCUCCGGUUGGGCAACACUGUCAAGGAGCCUCCAGCUGGCAGCAAAUGCAUGGUGGCUGGAUGGGGACUAACCAAAAACAACCAACCAUCUGAUGUCCUCAUGUCUGCCAAUGUGACUGUGAUCGACAGACAAAAAUGCAAUUCUCGUGAUUAUUACAACCAUCACCCUGUUAUCACCAGUGACAUGAUAUGUGCUGGUUCGACUGGUAAAGAAAAGGCUGAUGCCUGUAGAGGGGAUUCAGGAGGGCCACUGUUGUGCAAUGGGGUGCUGGUUGGAGUUACUUCUUUUGGAAAGAAGUGUGAGAGUAAAGAGAACGUACCAGGAGUCUACGCAUUUGUCUCAAACAAACAACUCAACUGGAUCAAAGAAACAAUGAAGUCAUAUGAAAUGCCAUGAAUCCACAGGCAUCAAUACAUAUGAGCUAAGCAAGACAAAAAUCUUGAAUGCUUUUACGCUUAAUCUGUCACUGCUUUCACCAUAGAAACUACACAUAUAUGAUAUCAGCCCUUAGUACUUUCCACUGCAGAAACAUAAAUCCAAAUCGUCUUUUUAGCCUUUCUCUAGGGCAAUCAUUGUGAUGGUUUGUGGAUUAUUUGAUUUUCCAAAACUGCAUUUUGGCUGCUGUUACUGUAGAGUCUACAUAGAUGUGGUUAUUUCUGAAAGAAUUUCUACAAGAACAGUUCCUAAAAUAAUUUCUUCUUGCAGUGGAAAAUGACCUUUACCCAUCUUUUAUUGUCCUACUUGUGAAAAAAUAAAACUUACUACUGUUAACUACAAAAUUUUGUUAAUCUUUUUCCAAAUAAUAUAAAGUAGCCAGAAAUAUGAGUGCUACUUGUUCCAGCAGAUGUCUGCUACUACUGCAAUAAAACCAAGUAAACAGUUUUUUUUUUGUUUGUUUGUUUGCUUUUUGAGCAUGAUAAGAUGAAAAAAAAUUUGGAUAAAGAUUUUUUUUUUUUUAAACAAAGAUUUGUUCUUGAAACCCCCCAGGCAACAUUUUUAUAUACCUUUAUCUAUUAUCUAUUUUCUAAUAAAGCUAA